AUCAGCCCGAUCCGGAAGCAUUAUCCCAGUGAAACACUGCAGAAUAGCCCUUCGCCCAUCGGGAAGUGGGGGGUGAAAAAUCAGUCGAAGCUAUAAAUAUAAUACAAGAUUAAAAAUAGAGCGCCCACAAUGGCCACCAGCGAGAUCUCGAGCUCCAACGAGCGCCACUACUACGCCAAACUGGAGGCCAUCAAGGACAUCCGCGACAAGACGCUCUCGCUGGAGAAGCUCAAGGUGCGGAUCAUCAAGGAGGUGAAGCUGAGCGACGACGAGGAGAAGUGCCUGGAGGAGUACCGCAAGGAGAUGGAGCACCUGCUCGAGGAGAAGAUGUCGCAUGUGGAGGAGCUGCGUCAGAUUCACGCCGACAUCAACGACAUGGAGAACAUCAUCAAGCAGACGAAGGAGAAUCAGACGCGCUCCUUCGACAUGGCCAAUCGGGUCUACGAGGAGUACCUGGCCCUCAAGUACCAGAUUGACCACAUGCGCCGCGACUACCUCGGCCUGAGUCCGCUGAGGGAUCUGCACGAGGAGGAGGGCAGUCCGAUCUCCAAGGAUCGCUUCCAGACCAACUUCCUCAAGGUGGCCGCCCAGUCGGCGGCGGCAGCAGCAGCAGCUGCCGCAGCGGCGGCCGCCUCGGUCAACCAGAACUCCUCGCUGGCCCGUCCGCAUGCCCGGCAUCCGCUGAUGCCGCCGGAGGCCACCGUGACCGCUCUGCCCUCGGGCGGCGGCCAGGGAGGCGGUGGCGGAGGCGGCGGAGGACCAGGCGGCGGUGGUUCCGUUGGCGGCUCAGCUGGCGGUGGCAAUCCCGGUCAUGCCUUCAUGCCGCCCGCUCCACCAGGAUCCGCAGGCAGUGCUGCCGCCGCCGCCGCCGCUGCGGCCGCUGCUGCAGUGCGUCUGGGCAAGGGCGACUUCUCGGCUCCGCCGCCACCGCCGCCGCCCAGCAAUCGGCUGCAGCAGUCGCCCGCCAUCGGCAUCGGCCAUCAUCCCUCGUUCCGCUCCGACUUCAACGUGAAUCUCCGCCAGCAGCCGCCGCCCAUGAAGUCCUGUCUGUCCUGCCACCAGCAGAUCCACCGCAACGCGCCCAUCUGUCCGCUCUGCAAGGCCAAGUCGCGCUCCCGCAACCCCAAGAAGCCCAAGAAGAAGAACAACUAAGAGGAUGACGAAAGUUAACCCUUUUUUUUUUGCCUCGUCUAUUUAUUAAUCCUCAAGAAAAGUAUUACAACGCAAGGGGGCACCUGCCUUCAAGAAUUUCUCAUAACCAUUUUAGUUGGUAAUCCAAAAGGGAUUUUUAUUUUUUACUUUAAUCGUAGGCUAAGGCUAAGCUUAUUGUAAAAGCUCAAAAUAAUGUGUCAAAUUAAAUUCUUUUUAUACAUGUAAGCCAUGCUAAAUAUGCGAGUAUGCCAUAUUAAGCGAAACAAAAAACAAAACAAGAGAAUCA